AUGGUCAUGGACAAUGUCAUGUGCUUCAGGUCUGAGGAGUUUGCAGAAUUUUGUGCUAAUUAUGGGAUUAUUAUGUCAUACUCUUCACCAUACCACCCACGGGGAAAUGGCCAGGCAGAAUCAAGUAAUAGAAGUCUCCUCAAUAUUAUCAAGAAGAUCCUAGAGGAAAAUAAAAGGUUCUGGGAUCAAAAGCUUAGGUUAGCUUUAUGGGCUGACAGGGUGACUAUAAAAAAGGCCAUUAGUACAUCCCCUUUUGAGCUAGUUUAUGGAGUGAAAGCUAGACUACCUGUGAAUAAUUUGCUUCCAGUUUACAAUUUUUUGCAGAUUGAAGGAUUAGAAAUGUCUAAGCCCAUGGAAGAAAGAAUGAUUCAAUUAGUAGAGAUGAAGGAAAUGAGGACUGUAGCUCAUAAAAGAAAUAUGAAACUUCAAUUACAGUCAAAGUACCUUUUUGAUAAAAUGAAUGUAUAA